GAACAGUUCCCGCAAGACACGCCGAACAAUUGAUUCUCCUUGCACUCUAUUCUAUCGAGAGAAACGUUUAAUUAUUCUUUUAAUCCACCUACCACCGAACCAUGAACUGAAUCAUUCUCGACACCCUCCCAUACAUUAGAUUGUGCCGAACGCGUUCCACCGCGUGUCUUCGAGUACAUCCCCACGCAUAUUUCAUACGCAAUCGCACACCAUGUACCUACCGCGAGGACUCGUUGCGCAACUCUACCAGAAUCUUCUGAAGUGCAACCAUGCCGCUGCUCCACCAGUUUUACUCCUCGUUGCGCUUGAACCCGACGCGCUGUGUGCAUGCCGCAUCCUCACCGCGCUGUUGAAGCGCGACUAUAUACCCCACAAGAUCCAGCCAAUUGCCGGUUAUGGUGACCUCACGCGAGCAGCGGAAGAUCUUGUCCGGCCCAUGCGGACUUCGGAAGGUGGAAGUGGUGGUGUUGUCAUUUGUCUAGGUGUUGGCGGCAUGGUGGACAUGGAAGAGACGUUGGGGCUGGACGGAGAUGCUGACGGGCAAGGUGGACCAGGUGACGUCGAAGUUUGGAUUAUGGAUGCAAGAAGACCGUGGAAUUUGUCCAAUGUCUUUGGAUCGCCGCUUGGGACCGACCCCUCGACGGGGGAGGUGGUGCGCAAGCAGACAGGGGUCGACAAGGGACAAUUAUCCAAGUCUUACAAACCGGGAAGAGGUGGAAUUAUUGUUUUUGAUGAUGGUGAUAUUGAGGAAGAGCUUGGUGCAGAAAGAGAAGCAUACUGUGCGUUAGAAGAAAUGCCUGAGGUUGGGGAAGAAGAAGACCUAGAUGAUGAUUCUGAUGACGAUGAUGCCCCGCCUUCGGGACAAGCUCCCAAGAAACGGAAAUCGUGGGGAGAGGACGACGAGUCUGAUGAGGAGAUGUCAGAUGAUGAAAGGCCUAGCCGACGGUUACGAAGCAAUUCUGGGAGCUCAGUACCAGUUUCUCCCGAACGACGGCCUGCGCGACAUGGAUUAAUAAGUACUUCAAAUGCCCUUGGAGGUUCCUCCGACUUCUCACGCUCCGAUUCACCACGAAGUAGAUCUGCUUCGCCAUCAGUAGCCCAACCAAAAGAAAAGUCAGUAAAAGGCCUACGAAGACAACUCAUGGCAAUGCGAAACAAGUACACGGGUGUCUUAGACAAGUACUACCAACUCGGGGCAUCAUACGCCGAGCCAGUAUCCUCUAUGGUCUAUUCUCUGGCUUCAGAACUCGGUCGAGAAGACAACGAUCUCCUUUGGAAUGCUAUUGUGGGAGUGAGCAGUUUGGAGCUUUACGGCCGAACAGGAAGUGGGGUGGGACUUAACCCACUGUCCGCCGCUGGAGGCUCUGCCGGAUGGAAUGGUGACCGAGGAGAGCGUAUUCGCUCAUUAUUGAGGGAUGAAGUCCGUCGACUGAACCCCGUUGAUCUGAACAACAUUGCUCGUGAAACUAGUGUCGGGGACGCCAGCGGCGUGAUACCAACGAGCGCUCGAUCAGCGACCGACAAAUCAAUCCGACUAUCACCGGAGCCACGUUUCCUAUUACUCAGACAUUGGAGUUUGUAUGAGAGCAUGUUACAUUCACCAUAUCUCUCCGCACGAUUACACAUCUGGAACGACCAAGGACGAAGAAGACUGGAUAAACUACUGGCGAAAAUGGGCGUGAGUUUAACGCAAUGCAAGCAAAACUACACACAUAUGGACAUGGAGCUGAAGAGAGGGCUACGAGAGCGUCUUCUCAAGUUCGCUCCGGUCUAUGGCUUGGAUGGAUUGGUUCCACCACCCCCAAGGAAUGGAGAUAUGAAGGACGGAUGGGGCUUCGUCCGCUGUUGGGGAUGGAAAGCCUGUCUCAGCGCCAUCGAUGCCGCCGUCAUUCUUGGAGCUAUUCUCGAAGUUGGCGACGCAAAGUCACUGAAUACCUCCAGUUUCGACAGCGCCAAUUUUGUCGGCACACAAGAACACUCUGACAUGGCCAACGGCGCCCAGAGUGGCGAAUUAUCUCACGAAGCACAGGAACACAUCACCGCUCGUUUCUGGACCGCCUAUGAUGCACUGAAUUCUAUCGAUCUCCUCGUCGAACACAUUCACACCGCCCAACACCUCCACAAAGCCAUCCUCCGAACCGGAACCCAACUAAUCGAGAAGAAGCAGAUCCGUCAUCUCCGCGCAUUCCGCAUGGCGGUCGUCAAAGAAGGCCCCGACGUCCAAUUGUUCACACACCCGGGCGCUCUGACAAAACUCGCGCUCUGGAUCGCCGAAGCAAUCGUCGAACUCAACGGCACGAAAGGCAAACACAAGGGCUCCGAACUCGUCAUGGCCGGCCUCGACGACUCCCGAGGCCUCUACGUCGUCGUCGGUCUCGGCGGCGGCGGCGCGACCACCUCCGCAAAGGAACGCAUAGCAAAGCGCGAGGCGCGUCUCCGCGAGAAGGAAAAGAAAAAGGCUGCCAAAGCCGAGGAGCGAGAGAAAAAGAAACAGCAACGCAUCCAGCGCAACCUCGCGGCCGGCCUGGAAGAAGAUGAAGUAGAAGACGACGAUGAAGACGAAACGGAGGAAGAGGAUGACGACAGCGACAGCGACAACGAAGACGAGCAGGAGCGCGGCUUCGGACGUAACAGAUUCGGCAAUGCGUUUCACGAGGUUGUUCGCGAGACUGGUGCGCGUGUGCGGAUGGACAGCUUCGAGGCGUGUGUUAUUGAGAUCAGGAAGGAGGAUCUCAGCGGGUUUUUGGAACGAUUGAGUAUGAAGGCUGUUGUGGGGUAAUGGAGAACUAAACGAGUUGGCAUAUUUAAGUAUCGUUACUGCGUGCGAGCGAGCAAGGCAUGGCAUGGCAAGGGCUAAAGGGAAGGGCUCUUUGAUCUCAUUUCUGGUUUAAAGCAUUGCUGGGGCGUCCUUAACAAUCCGUUCAUUUUCAGGGGUUUUUCUUAUGUAAAGUACGUAGGGGACUGUGUUACCCAAAGCGGGUUGAUGACAUGACAACAUAUUGCAAACUAGGCAUUCUCAUAGCAAGCAAGUAGUUAGUAUUCUUCUCUGAUUCAUAUCGAAAUCAAAAUCUU